ACCGCUCGUGAUGUCAAAUUACUUCACAUUAUCUCCGUCAUCCAACCCUAAGUAUCAACCGAAUAAACACGAUCAUGCCUCUUCCAAUUCAAAUCGCGUAUAAGCCAAUUGGCAAGCCUGAAAUCGGCACCAACAACUACCAGGGAUUCACGCCGGGUCGAACCGAAGUCCUGCCAAAGGGCUGGAACGGCUAUAAUGCGAAGCCUCUCGAGAGCGACAUUCGAAUCGAUCACGAUGUCGAAAUCAAAGUCCGAGACGGAUGCAGACUCUACAUUGAUAUCUACCGGCCGGCGGACAGCACCGAGAAGAUCCCCGCCAUCGUCGGCUGGUCUCCUUACGGCAAAAAAUAUAGUGCGCUUACCAUGCUCCCGAUGACACCAUGGUCUUGCUGUGUCAAGAAGAGCGAUCUGAGUGGCCUGGAGAAGUUCGAAGGUCUCGAUCCGCAACGGUGGUGCCCCAAAGGCUACGCGAUCAUUAGUGUCGAUAGCAGAGGCGCCGGCAAUAGCGACGGUCAAGUCCCAAUCAUGGGUUUGCAAGAUGCCGAGGACGCUUACGAUGUUAUCGAGGCUCUCGCAAAGUUCGAUUGGUGUAAUGGAAAUGUCGGUAUGGCGGGUAAUUCUGCGCUUGCAAUUGCUCAGUGGCACGUUGCUGCCCUCAACCCUCCAUCCCUGAAAGCGAUCGCGCCGUGGGAGGCCAGCGGCGAUCUGUUCCGAGAGCAAUUCGUGCGAGGUGGCAUUUUCUCCAUGAGCAACUUCGAUCUAAUCACCAGUCUUAUUAUCAAAGGCACUUCAGGCGUAGAAGAUUUUGCGGAGAUGUACCGCCGAAGUCCCCUUUCCAACAUUUGGUGGGAAGACAAGCGCGCAAACAUGAAGGCGAUCAACAUCCCGGCCUACAUCUCUGGCUCCGACUUUAGCUCCAUCCAUACCAUGGGUAGCAUCAGAGGUUUCAUGGAACUGGGCACGCCUGACAAAUGGAUUCGAUGGAGUGCCUGGCAGGAAUGGUUCGAUCUGUACAGCGUACCAGAGACGAAUGAGGAUUUGGCAAAAUUCUUUGACAGGUAUCUUAGAGGCAUCGAAAACGGCUGGGAGAAGACGCCUAAGGUGCGGUGGACAUCCUUGAGGUUUGGCGACCAGGAGCCAGAGAGCGACAUCGGUUUCGAAGACUUCCCUCCACCGAACACCGAGUACAAGACAUUCUAUCUUGACAACGAAACACUGUCCGAGACCGCUCCCUCAAAUCCCUCAAAAGUAUCAUACAACUCCGAAGACGGCAAUUCGCUGGCCAAGUUCACCUACACUUUCGAUAAACCCUCUCGCCUGAUUGGCAUCCCGAAGGCAGUCUUAUACAUGUCCUGCCCAUCGCACGAUGACAUGAACGUGUUUGUCAAUGUCAGAAAGCUUGAUAGAGAGGGAAAGACCAUGAUGCACCUUUGCUUCCCGUUCUGGGCUGCACCUGUCAAGUCCAUCCACUACAUCCCGAAGAAAGAGCAAAGCAGCACCAAUUUACAUCUCGGCUCGGUCGGCCAGCUGAGGGCAUCUCACCGAAACACUGACCCAGAGAGAUCAAUGCAUCCUCAGUUCCCAUUUCAUCCCCACGACCGGGAAGACAAGAUCCCACCUGGCACCAUUGUGGAGUUAGAAAUUGGUAUCUGGGCCAUGGGUGUAGAUUAUGAGGCGGAUGAAUCGGUCCAGGUGCAGAUUGGCGGCCAAUUCCCUUCCAUCGCCGAGUACAAGGCAUUUUCUACCGAGAGGCCAGACUAUGAGAGGAAUAAGGGCGAGCACUUCAUCCACUGUGGACCGGAACAUCAGAGUCGCAUCAUCCUCCCCUUUAUUCAGUCAUAA